AUGCAGGGACUGUCCCGAGGUGUGCCCAAUCGCGCACAGUUCUGGACACACAGGGGACCUUGCCCCAUACUGUGCUUUGGGGUGGAGCUUAGUGUUUUAGGUCCUAAGAAGUGGCGUGAUGACGAGCGAUGCGGGCACGGCUACCUUGCUGAAGACGGUAACCCUGCUGAAUGCAACCCUGACGGGAUUCACCCAUGCUGCUCCGCGCACAAAUGGUGCGGCAACACUGCGGCCCACUGUGACUGUUCGGCCUGUGUCGACUACAGAGACUCAGAUACUACAGUUUGCGAGAGCCUAACGACUGACACCGGGACCUUCACCAGCCCGAACUACCCAAACAACUACCCUAACGAUCUGACCUGCCGGUACGAGAUCUCCGUCACCCCACCCAAGGUCAUCAGACUGACAUUCACAGAGCUUGACCUUGAGGACGGUCAUGACUGGGUGUAUGUGUAUGAUGGAAGCACAACUUAUCCCGCAGGUGAGAAACCAAAAAUUCUUUUGUAA